UAACCACCCUCCCGUAACGGUAUUUUCCGCCCCCAACUUUCCCGCUACACAAAAACAACAUAAAAAGAAAUCAAGAAAACCAGAGGAAAAAAAAAGAUAAAAAAAAACAAACCAAGGAUCCCAAGAGAGCAAAGAAUUUUGAGGAGCAUUAAUCAGAGGAAAAAAAAAAUGGGUGUGGAGGCAGUGGCUGCUACAGGUGGAGGAGGAGGAGGUGUUGAGGCACAGAAGAAGAACAGAAUUCAAGUCUCUAACACCAAAAAGCCUCUCUUUUUCUAUGUUAAUCUUGCUAAAAGAUAUAUCCAGCAGCAUAAUGAGGUUGAGCUUUCUGCCUUGGGCAUGGCAAUCACUACUGUUGUCACUAUUGCUGAGAUCUUGAAGAAUAAUGGACUUGCUAUUGAGAAGAAAGUUUUGACAUCCACAGUCGGCAUGAAAGACGAGAACAAAGGGCGUGUUGUUCUAAAAGCCAAGAUUGAAAUCGUGUUGGGGAAGUCUGAAAAGUUCGACUUGCUGAUGAAUGCUUCCAAUGUGGCAACGGAGACUGAUCCUAAAGACAAGGAAUGACAAACUUAGUGAAGCAAAAUAUUUGAUGUUCAUUGUUGUAGUUGGAUGUUCGAAUUCUUUGUUAUGUGUCUACCUUGGUCCUUGAUAGUGCUUACUAACAGGAGUAUAGGUAGGUAUUGAUUGAAACUUGUGGAUUAGAUAAUUGCUCAAUAGAGUAGAGAGACAGCAUUUUAUAGAAUGAUAUAAACAAUGGGGCAAUUCCAAUUGUAUUCUUCUCUCUAUUCUCUAAGUGUGGAGGGAUCAUCUAUGAUAUUACAUUGUUUCUUUUUGAACUUGUAUUUUCAAUGUUACAGUGCAAAAAUGGAUGAUUGAAUAAUCAA